CGGCUGCGGGUUACCGGCACCGUUUCAGCGGAGCAGCGGGCUACUGCGCAGUGAGCAUCUGAGCGAGAGAAACACCGCAAUCACUGCAAGUGCAACAGCCGCACAGCGAAGCUGCUGCACCUCUGAAAUAUAAUACUAUCGCUAAGGUGUCCUGUUUUACCCAAGCCGCCUCUAUCCAGCACGUUGGGGGAAACAGAUUUGCGAAAAUGAUGAACGGACAGAUGAACGGUUUCCAUAAUUCCAUCAUCGAGGACAGCUUUUUGUUCACGUCGGAGUCUGUGGGAGAGGGACACCCAGAUAAAAUCUGUGACCAGAUCAGCGAUGCUGUGCUCGAUGCCCAUCUGAAGCAGGACCCUGAUGCCAAGGUGGCCUGUGAGACGGUGGCUAAGACCGGGAUGAUCCUGCUGGUGGGAGAGGUGACAUCACAUGCCAACGUGGACUACCAGAGGGUUGUCCGAGAGACCAUCAAACACAUCGGCUACGACGACUCCUCCAAGGGCUUUGACUAUAAGACCUGCAAUGUGCUGGUGGCCCUGGAGCAGCAGUCUCCUGACAUCGCGCAGGGCGUCCACCUGGACCGUAACGAGGAGGACGUGGGUGCAGGGGACCAGGGCCUGAUGUUCGGCUACGCCACGGAUGAAACGGAGGAGUGCAUGCCCCUGACCGUCAUCCUCGCCCACAAACUCAACGCCAAGAUGGCGGAACUGCGCCGUAACGGCACACUGCCCUGGCUGCGGCCCGACUCCAAGACCCAGGUGACGGUGCAGUACCGGCAGGAGCGCGGGGCCAUGGUUCCGGUGCGGGUGCACACGGUGGUGGUGUCGGUCCAGCACGACGAGGACGUGUGUCUGGACGAGAUGCGCGACACGCUGAAGGAGCGGGUGGUGAAGGAGGUGGUGCCUGGCGUUUACCUGGACGACGACACCAUCUUCCACCUGCAGCCCAGCGGCCGCUUUGUCAUUGGCGGCCCGCAAGGCGACGCUGGCCUCACCGGCCGUAAGAUCAUCGUGGACACGUACGGCGGCUGGGGCGCGCACGGCGGCGGGGCCUUCUCCGGGAAGGACUACACCAAGGUGGACCGCUCGGCCGCCUACGCCGCCCGCUGGGUGGCCAAGUCGCUGGUGAAGGCGGGACUCUGCCGCAGGGUUCUGGUGCAGGUGUCCUACGCCAUCGGAGUGGCCCACCCGCUCUCCAUCUCCAUCUUCCACUACGGGACGUCCCAGAAGAGCGAGCAGGAGCUGCUGGAAAUCGUCCGGAGGAACUUUGACCUCAGACCGGGGGUCAUCGUCAGGGAUCUGGAGCUGAAGAAGCCCAUCUACCAGCGGACCGCAGCGUAUGGCCACUUUGGGCGGGAUGGCUUCCCCUGGGAGGUGCCCAAAAAGCUGAAAUACUAACUCAGCGGUGUACCCCUCCCCCUGUGGGUGUACCCUACAGAGAAGCCCACAGACAGGGACCACCCGCUCCUUAGACGCCCCCCCCCCGAAAGGUUCCUCACAUACACACACACUCUGCUGUCCCCUCAGAAACCCGGCCCACAGUGUCCUCACCCCUCUCCGGGACCCAAAACGCAGGCCUCAGGCAGCAAGCAGGUGCCAAAGCACCCUCCUGUGGUCAGUCUGAGGGCCUGCGGGACCUCGCAGCAGUAUCCCAGCAGGGAGACUCUAAUUUCAGAAUUGAAAGUCACAUCAGGCCACAGAGUGGGAGGUACUAAAGCUCUCCUCUUCCUGUCCGGUCUGACUGCUGCUACUGCACCCCACUUCCUGUGAGGGGUUGCCUGACAGGUCAGUUUCAUUUUGCUUAAAUGAUCACUAAAAAUCCCUUUUGCACCAAAGUGCAAAGUCACGAAAAAGUGCUGUUGCCGUUGCUCUUGGUGGAGCUGUGGCUGCUCUGUGUAAAGGAUGCUAAUCCCACAGUCGUGGGUUUUUAAAACUUCCCUGACACCCCCCUGUCUGUGCUUUUCCUCUUUCCUCUGGUGGAGGGAAUUGUGGUAUAUUUAGGGAAAAGGGUGUUUUUUUUUAUUCAUAAUUACUAUGCAUUAUAGGCUGCUGAGCAAGUCCUAAAAAUCCAUGGGCCCCUGCACAGGCCUGUUCUGACGUAUUACAGAGAAGUCAGAAGCUGCUGUCCGGCUGGUCUGCCCUGCAGGGUGCUGUGCUUUUAAUGGGUAUUUAUGGUCACUCUUUCAGAGGAAGUGAUUCCACACUUCCAGACUUCCUUCAAAAGACAGUUUUUUGCAUAAAUGUUUUUUACACAUUAUUAGAUGCACACAUUCCCCUCCUCGGGUCAUGAUUGCAGGUGUAGCUACAGAGAAACCUGCUCCCAGCAUGCACUGGGGGAAGGGGGUGGAGCUCCCAUUACAGUACUGUAAUCUGUUCUGGAACUGGGCGUGGUACAGAGAAGCUGCGGUUACAGGCAGGUUUCUGUCACACUUUAUUUUCUAAUGUUUUUUACUCUAAAUGCUAUAAUAUUUGUGUUUUGUUUCUGCUGUUCCACUCCCCUUGGUCCAAAGUGUGCUACAGCCACAGGGGGCGCUGGCUGUCUGGUGUUAUCAGUGUUCUGAUUGGCUGACUGGGUUGCUGUGUUGAUCACACUUCCUUAUGUAUCCUGCCUGCCUGUAUGGUGGGGAGAGGCGGCGUGUCCGGCGUUUCUCUGCCUCUCUCUCUGGGGCGGGUUUGUUCUGUUCAGGCUGGUUACUGUGAAAGUGCCUUUUCUCUUAACCCCGCCCCUUUCACAGUCUGUCCCUCCC